AUAAGACUGAAAAAAGGGAAGUGAGACUGUGGCUGCACGAUACACGAGGAACACGCACACGUCAAAAAAACUGGGAACCCUCUGAAAACGUCCCAGAUUUUUUUUUUUUUCUUUUUGUGCUUCAACCAAGAUGGAUUCCGAUGCUGGUUCCACCUGCAGCCGCUCCUCAUCCCCAGACCUGAUUGUGGAUGACUCGGCUGGCAGCUUCUUCUCAAACAAGAUGUUUCAGACGUACUGCCAAGAAAACCGGUCAGACAGAGAGGCCGACCAAAGCGGGGGUGGUAAGGCCAAAACUAGAUCUCAGCUCAGCAAGGAAGAGGUGCAAGACCUGAGACUGAAAGUAAACAGUCGGGAGAGGAAGAGGAUGCACGAUUUGAAUCAGGCCAUGGAUGGCUUGAGAGAGGUCAUGCCCUACGCUCACGGGCCAUCGGUACGCAAGCUGUCAAAAAUCUCCACCUUGCUACUCGCCCGAAACUACAUUCUCAUGCUGUCCAGCUCUUUGGAGGAGAUGAAGAAGCUAGUGGGGGACGUGUAUGGGGCCAAUGCUGCCGUCCAGAGUCGCACUGCCCACCCGGCAAUCACCCCUGCUGCAUCACCUGCUCACCUCCCCCUGCAUCCUCUGGCGCAAUCCCUACACUCUCUGGUAGGAACCACCUCGCACCAUUCAUCCGCUCCAGCUCCAACAGCAGUUGCAGCCCCACACUCGCCUCCGUCGACCAGCUUUCUUGGGUUUCACGCGCCCGUCCAAGGCCUUCUGAAGGACCCGCUCCACCUGACCAGCUCCUACAGGCAUUUCCCUGGCAUGCCCUGCGCCUGCUCACUGUGCCAAACUUUACCCACACCGACCUCUUCGUUGCACAGCUUGGCAAUGAGCAAGUAACUGUAAAACUGACUACUACUGUAGCAUCAGCAUGAGGGACCAAGCAGCUUCAAGACGCUGAACAAACUGUGGACCUGAGGACUGGUUCCACAAUUUGUACAUAAUAUACAGUAUAUACAAUUUCUGCCAUGCAAACUGCUGCUAUUUUUAUGACUAGUCUCUUCUGUAUUCCUUGAAGAUAAAUAUUCUAAAUGCAUAAGGGAUUUUGA